AUGGCGAUAGCAGCCAUCAAGGGGAUGGAACAUGCCAAGGGAGAUAAGAGGAAGAUUCGGGUUGUUAAGAAGAUUGGAGGGGGCCUCGAUGAUGUAAAGGCAUACAAAAGUAUUCUAUUGGAAUGCGAUCUCAAAGACAUUCCAAAGAAGGUAAAGCUAGGGGUUAUCCAGUUCUGUUUAAGUGCUCCAAAGACAAACAUGGACAGCAAGAUUCUGAUCAACGACUCUGCACUCAUGGAAAAGCUAAUUCAAGAGGAAAGAAGAUACAUUCUAGAGAUGUGUAAAAAGAUAAAGAAGAGUGGGUGCACCCUUCUAGUGAUUCAGAAGAGCAUAUUGAGAGAAUCUCUAAGCGAUCUGGCUAGUCACUUUCUAAAACAGCUAAAUAUCUCUGUGGUGAACUCAGUUGAUAGAAAGGAUGUAGAUUACAUCUGUAGCACAAUGAAUGUGCAGCCCGUUUCUGAGAUAGAUUUAUUGAAUUCUGGAUCAUUGGUGGACGUUGAGACAGGAGAAGUGGAAGGGAUGCUGGAGAUCAAAGGAUAUGGAUGUACAAUACUAGUGAGAGGAUGUGAUGACAUGGUGGUUGAGGAGGCAGAAAGGUCUCUAAAUGAUGCACUAUGCGUUGUGAAAUGCCUUGAGGAACUCCCAUUUUUAGUCCCUGGAGGAGGUUCUAUCGAGAUGGGAAUUGCAUUAAUGCUUUCUGAAUCCACAGAGGGAAAUGUCUAUGUGUUGAGGGAAAUAGCAAAAGCAUUUGAAGGAGUUCCCUACUUCCUUGCGAGAAAUGCUGGGCUUUAUCCUGUAGAAAUAGUUUCUGAGCUAAGGAAUGAGUUAAAGCAGAACGACUACGUAGGAAUCAGUGUCAGGAGCGGGCAUGCAGGAGACAUGGUCAGAGAAGAUUCUGUGGUUCAGCCUGCAAAGGUGAGCAUUAAUGUUAUCACCUUAGCAAUAGAAACUGUCUCUAUGAUUCUGAAGAUUGAUGACAUUCUUCCUGCAAGGAAAUAA